AUGGAGCUCACUCCAAUCACUACACCCCUGCGAGAGUUCAAAGGUCAUAAAGAAGGCAUAAUGGCAGUCGCAGUCUUGCCUGAUAAACAACGGAUGGUUACGGGCUCAUGGGACAAGACGGUUCGCCUGUGGGACUUAAAUACAGGUUUUGUGUUGGAGAAGAUGGAGAGACAUCGCAAUGUGGUGUUAAGAUUGGCAGUAUCACGAGAUGGGCAAUUAAUAGCAAGCGGUGAUAUGGACGGAAAGGUCAUCCUAUGGCACGGAGAAACUGGCGAAUUCGCUCGAAUCAUCACAGCCCACUCCAAAUCUAUCUACUCGCUGGAAUUUUCUCCCGAUGGGACAGUUCUAGCCACUAGUGGAUAUGACGACAGAAUGAUGAACUUGUGGAACACCAAAAACUGUGAGCAACAAGGAGACCCAAUUGACUGUGGUAGUCAUGUCACUUGCGCACGAUAUUCACCCUCUGGAAAACUUCUUGCCAUCGCGACAAACAAGAAUAUUCAAAUUUAUAAUCCAGGCACGAGGGAACGCGUCGCAUCCUUUAGGGCUCAAAUAUACACUUGGUCACUCGCAUGGACGCCCGAUGGCACUCGCCUUCUCACAGGUGGCAGUGUUCUUGAUUAUACCAUAUGCGAAUGGGAUACAACAACCUGGAAGCAGGUCGGCGAUCCUUGGACGGGCUACUGGAACAAUAUCAAUGCCAUUGCCGUUCAUCCUACUGGCACACUCGUCGCAUCCACAUCUUAUGGCAAUCAUGUCCAUCUCUGGCGGCUCUCAGACCGACAAACCAUUGCCAUAUUCGAGUGCUCAUUUACGCCGUUAUGCGUUACUUUCUCCGUGGACGGAAAUCACAUCCUCAGCGGAGGUGAAGAUGAUAUGAUCUCGGAGUGGGCAAUACCUCAUCCGAAGGCAUUUCGAGCAUGUUUUGUGCAGAUCCUAGCCAUCACGAGAGCUCGUGGUGCAUGCAUAGAUGGGCAUCUGUCUACUGCCGAAGAACUACUCACGCAAGAUAUCAACACCGAUGACAACAAUCACACUUCCUACGCCCAUCGCUCAUUUGUGAUGGCCCGACAAAACGACUGGGAUUACGCCAUUCAGGAUGCUAUCAAAUCCAUCAGCAUUCAGCCCUCAUUGACAGGGUACAUCUCCAAGGGCAUUGCCCUCUGCGGAAAAGGCCGCAUCCUGGAUGCAAGGGCAGCAUUUGAUGUUGCAUCAAUGUACACUGACCAAGAUCCACAAAUCCUCCAUUUCCUGCUCUUGAUCAAGGUGAUCGCCCUUUUCAAUGCGGAUCAACAGGACGAGGCAAACCUGCUCUUCAAAGAACUUUUUUCUGGCUGUCCGAAUGCCGAUAUUCUCGGGUGUUGUGUCGUGCAAGCAUAUCUGCGUGUCCAACUCGGAAUCAAGGCCUUCGAUGGCGCACGUUACGAAGAAGCCGCUGACCAUUUUACCGCAGUUCUCGACUCAAGCGCUCUCUCAUCGAGCUCGCCCAUUCAUUUUAUGUACGAGGACUUGGUGGUGCUCUUCGGCUGGAAUCUCAAAUCAUUGUGGCUCAUUGCACACCAGAAACGCUGUCAUGCACUCCUUCGGGCAGGCAAACUUCAAGAUGCCGUCAAAGCAUACCAAUACAUGAUGGACAACAUCGAUGAAGCAACGAAGGCCAGCUGCGUUGAAUGGUCCAAUGGCAACGCUCCCUUUCUUACCCGCGGAGAUGCUGCCCUCGCUGCAAGCGACUAUGACAAAGCUAUUGCCCUUUACUCGGCAGUGAUCGAACUGAAUUCUGCGUCUGAUGCUGUCUUUGCAAAUCGUAGUAUUGCAAAAUUGGGGAAAAUGCUAUGGGAGGAUGCGCUUCGCGACGCGCAAAAGGUGACCGAACUCAAUCCUUCGUCUCACGUUGGAUACCAGUUGACACAUGCAGCGCUGCGUGGCGCACAACGUUACGAUCGAGCCAUCGAAGCCUUCAAAAUCAUGUUGUCCAAGUUGGACGAUUCUCCCGAAGCGCGGAUGCAAGACCUGCGUCAGCAGUAUGUGCAUCCAUCCGAAGCAGAAGACGCUAUUCAAAGAGCUGUGUGGAUUGAACUCGAAUAUGCUCCGAUACGUCUCCUUAAUACCUCCACGGGUCUUUUGUGUGAUCGAGCGGCACAAAUAAACGCCUUCAAAAUGACUGCAAAGUACAAGGAACUUUUGUCAUUCACAACGAAACAUUCAGACCUCGAGAUGAACCGUAUUAAGGAAGGGGUGGCGAUGUACUUCCGUCGCGUUAUGCUAUCACACAGGUGGGAAGAGAAGGAGGCACUGCUGCACGACAUCCAAGGUAAAGAUGUGCGCGAGUUGAGGGGAAUUGGUGGCAUCGCGAAACUGCAGUCGUUCUGCCAAGUCGCUCGUGAUGCUGGGUAUCGUUGGGCGUGGAUGGACACAUGUUGCAUCGACAAGAGGAGCAACACUGAGCUUCAAGAAUCGGUCAACUCCAUGUUCGUCUGGUACCGCCAUUCAGCACUCACAAUCGUCUACCUAUGCGACGUUCCUCCUUCAUCCCAGCUCGGUGCACUGGCGAGGAGUGUUUGGAACGAGCGGGGAUGGACCUUUCAAGAAUUCGUCGCUCCGAAAGUUGUUAUCUUUUAUCGGAAGGAUUGGUCUUUAUAUCUCGACGAUCGCUCUCCUAACCACAAAGAGUCCCCUGCAAUCAUGAAGGAGUUGGAGGAUGCGACAGGCAUAGAUUCGCGGACCCUGGUGACCUUCCGUCCGGGUAUGAGCGGGGCCCGAGAGAAACUGCAAUGGGCAUCGAAGCGCGUCACCACUGUGCAGGAAGACGUUGCGUACGCAUUAUUUGGCGUCUUCGGGAUCACCCUACCUGUCAUUUAUGGCGAGAAGAAGCAGAACGCGCUCGGGAGGCUCCUGCAGGAGAUCGUGGCUCGUUCGGGCGAGAUCACCGUCCUCGACUGGAUUGGAAAACCUUCCGAGUUCAAUAGCUGUCUUCCAGCCCAUAUCACUUCUUACACCACUCCUCCACGUACCCUUUCACCUUUGUCUGAAGAGCAUAUUCACACGCAAGUCUCUUCGCUGCGACAAACCGUGUCUGCAAGUCUAGCAUCGAAAUUUUAUGACCAGCUUGAACAGCUGAGAGCUCCUCGCUUUUCAAACUGCAGACUUCAUCUGCCUUGCAUUUCAUUCCGUGUCGCGGAAGUCAGACGGAGGCGCGGUCUGGCUCAGGAGACUCCCAUCACGUAUAGAAUCAAGGCAGACGGGCUUCACGACCUGCUUAUCACCACUGAAGAGACCCUAGUUCAGUUCUCGCGGGCAAGGCCCAUUCAGCAGACGUUCUUACUUGUGCGACCAUGGGAUCGGCAUCUCCUCGGGGUGCCUGACUUUGCAGAGCAGUCUGACUUCGCAGACGAUACAGAGAGCAUAGGAGAUUGGACUGAGCCUGGGUCCCCGAUAGACGACUCCGAUGAGUUACCCGGCGAUUCACCUGUUAAAGAGGAGCCUGGCUCACGAACGUUGCGGUUGAUGGUUCGCCUCGGACAGCCUUUCGACGCAUUUUUGCUUGCGCAGCAGCGUAUCGGAGAAUACAAGAGGGUCGCGUCGGACUAUAACAUCAUUGCACAAGUGAAAGACAUUGCAUCGGUUGAUAACAUGGACGUCGGUACGGUGGAAAUACUCUAG